AUAAUCUGAUCAGCUGAUCUGACCUGGCGACAAAAUAACGUAGCUAGAGAAAUCUGUUUGGGAGGGGAUUUAAGAACAAAACAAUGACACGGCUCGGGCGGAUUUUAAAAAAGGAUUUCACUUUUUAGAGACUUUUAAAACGAUGUUGUGAGGACACCCCUCCCCUUUUGAUCGUGUCCGCUCUUGAUAUCGACUGACCGCAGUUUUGUUGAUGUUUUGAAGUGUAUGUUGCUAGCUGUUCUUUUUUGGCUGCUGUUCAUUUUGUUGUUGGGCUCGCCGAUUGGAAAACGACUGCGCUGUUUCAGACAAAGCUCCAAUUCGAACAGAACCGCUAGCUUUAAUGAAAGUGUUUCUUGUUUUGUUGCCGAUGAAUAUCUAUCGUGUAGCCGGCGAGCUAAUGAUAUGAUUACGGGCCAGUCUGGUAGCUAGCUUGUUGUUAGCAUUAUUUGCACAUUCACAAGGCUUGUUUUUCUCGGUUUGUUAACGGCUUCGUACACGUCUCUCUAUAUUUUUAUUCGUGUUGUUGUGUCAAAUGUGCAAUCUGUGUAUGUAGUGAUAACUUUUUGGUACAACCUAGCUAACUGCUUGUUGGUAGUCAGGUGUAUUAUUUGUGUCACUACUAGGAAAUUGUUCAUUUACAUGCUUGAAAUGCACACCGACUAAAAUACCUUAUUUUAUUGUUUACAAAAGAAACAAUUAACCUUGUCAGAAUGCAGCUAAUUUAAAUUGACUUUGUUGUUUAUUCUUUAGCCAGAAUUAUUUAUCACACGUUUAACGUUAAAAGUGCUGUUGGAAAUCGCUGGUGCUAAAGUCAAAGCUUUUCCAAAAGGCAAUCAGCUCUAUUUUUAAAGUGUCAGAAACGAUGAGUGGGCAUGGCUCAUCAUCUUCAGAAAAGGGAGUCAAUACGAGUCUAACAUGUCAAGAAAGUUACGCCUGUGGUGGCUUGGAGGAGGCCGCCUUUGAGUGUGAAGAGUGCAGGACCUUGCAAUGUGUUCGUUGUGACCUCGAGCUCCACAGUCAGGAGCGUCUCCAGAAACACAGGCGGCUCCAGAUUAGCUCAGGCUAUGUCCCUUACUGUGACAAUUGCAAAGGAGGGGACAAUGGCAAACGUAGCAGGUCGGUGGUCCGCUGCCAGAACUGCAAAGUAAAUAUGUGCCAAGAAUGUCAAAAGCGAACUCACAGCGGAGGGAACAAGAAGAAACACCAGCUCGUAUCGUAUCUAACGCCACCAAAACACACGGAGCUCAAGUCUGUGGAACCUUCUGUUCAGCCUGUCCUCCAAGUCACUGAUGAGAAUAAGUCUCUGCGGGCAAAAGUGGAAACUGUGUCCAGUUUCCUCCUCGUUGAUGAAAAUGAGGAAAUGCAGGUAAGCUAUAAAGAUGAGGCUGCAUUUGUGAAGAAACUGAACUGUGGCGCCGGCCAGCUCCUAAAAGUGGUCUCCAUCUUUGGUAACACCGGAGAGGGCAAAUCCCAUACCCUCAACCACACCUUCUUCAUGGGCAGGGAGGUGUUCAAAACUUCUCCCACCCAAGAGUCCUGCACGGUGGGCGUGUGGGCGGCCUUUGACCUCCAUAACGUGGUGGUCAUCGAUACAGAGGGGCUGCUGGGGAACAGCUCCAAACAGGGCCAGAGAACCCGUCUCUUGCUCAAGGUGCUUGCCAUCUCUGACCUCAUCAUCUACCGGACCCACGCCGACCGCCUCCACGACGACCUUUUCAAAUUUCUCGGGGACGCCUCCGAGGCCUACUUGAAGCAUUUCACCAAGGAACUGAAGGCCGCCACGGCUCGCUGCGGUCUGGAUGUUCCUCUCUCUACUUUGGGUCCUGCUGUGAUUAUCUUUCACGAAACCGUCCACACUAAGCUCCUCGGCACAGAUAAAUCACACGAAUCAGUAGAUCGGCUGCUGUUGGAGCGUUUUAAAAAGGUCUCCCGUUUCCCGGAGGCCUUCAGUUCUGUUCAGUACUGGGGCACGCAGACUCUCACUCCGCCCACUGAUUUCUGCGGCCUGCAGAAUAAACUGGAGCAGCUCUUGGACAGCAACGCCACACGUUCUCCACGCACCCCUGUGGUCAUCUUCAAAGCUCUGCUGGCCUUAAGUGAGCGCUUCAGUGGGGAAAUCGGAGACGAGCUGGUAGCCCACAGUUGCUUCUUCCCUGAUGAGUACUUCACUUGCUCCAGCUUGUGCCUCAGUUGUGGAUCCGGUUGCAAAAACAGCAUGAACCACCUGGGCGAAGGGGUCUGCCACGAGGCAAAGCAUCGUUGUCGCUAUUCCGUUCAGCAUGAUAAUCGCAUUUACACCUGUAAGGCUUGUUACGAAGGAGGCAAAGAAGUCGUCGUCAUCCCGAAGACUUCAGCCUCCUCAGACUCUCCUUGGAUGGGCCUCGCCAAAUACGCCUGGUCCGGGUAUGUUAUCGAAUGCCCCCACUGUGGAGUGAUCUAUCGGAGCCGUCAGUUUUGGUACGGGAACCAGGACCCAGUGGACACCGUUGUCCGCACUGAAAUCCAGCACGUUUGGCCAGGGUCGGAGGGCUUUUUAAAGGACAAUAGCAACGCAGCACAGCGUCUUUUGGAUGGCGUGAACCUGGUGGCCCAGUCUGUGUCGGAGCUCGGCGUCAAGCCCGCCAAGGCCGUCACCUCCUGGCUGACGGACCAGAUCGCCCCCACCUACUGGAAACCCAAUUCCCUUAUCUUGCUGUGCCAUAAGUGUCAAGCGGUCUUCCUGGAGAACGACACCAAGCAUCACUGCCGUGCCUGUGGCGAGGGCUUCUGCGACGGCUGCUCUUCCAAAGCGGCCCCGGUCCCCGAACGAGGCUGGGGUCUCGGCCCUGUCAGGGUGUGCGACGUGUGCUUUGAGCAGAGAGCCUCACACGCAGCUCACGAGGAGGACGAGGAAGAAGGCGGAACGCUUGCGAGGAAGGUUGGCGAGGCGGUGAGCAACACCAUCGGGGUUGUUGUGACCGCUAUUGACAUCCCGCUUGGCCUGGUAAAAGAUGCCGCCCGUCCCGCCUACUGGGUGCCCGACCAGGACAUCCUCUCUUGCCACAUCUGCCGACGCCAAUUCACCGCCAAGCUGUCCAAGCACCACUGCCGCGCCUGCGGCCAAGGCGUGUGCGACGACUGCUCAGCUGAGCGUCGCGCCGUGCCGUCACGCGGCUGGGAUCACCCCGUGCGCGUGUGCACCGGCUGCAACCAAAAAGCCGGAGAACUCUAACCGAGACCAUCUUCCUUUACUCAGAGCGCUCGGACAGAACCGCUCGUUCGCUUCCUUGUCCGGCGGUUCUGGCUUUGUAUCUGUGGAGAGGAAGUGCUUAAAUAUACUGUACAUAGGACACAAACCAAAUUUGGGGAGGUGAGGGUUCAUGUGGCCUUUGUAGAGCAGCUGGAAUCUGAGGCACUUGACUGAAAGUGUAUAUCCGCAUUUCCACUUUUGAUUAUUAUGUCCACAUGUCCUCAUUUGUAUGAUAGAUAAGGCUAAUGAGGUAUUUUUUUACUCCAAGAAAAUAUUGAUUUAAAAAAGAAAGUAUCAUUUAAAAAAAAUACUAGCUAGUGUUGUUAGAGCCCAGCCAGUCAUAUAUCAAGGAGCAUUGUUUCUUAAAUGUGUGUUUAACGGCCAAGAGAUGUUUUAUAUGCGUGCAGGUUACAUUGCAUGCCGCGUUGCAACUUUUUUUUUUUUUUUGUUGCACUAAGCCUUUUUUUUUUCCCCCAGCUGUUAUAGGCUGCUGCUUACUAUGGCCAAAAUAACAGAUGUCCAAAUUUGGAUGGAUCUGCCGUGCCAAAUCAUUCAGGUCACUGUCCGUGCUGGUAUGAUAUUUAUAAUUUAGCAAGUCAGUUGUGGGUGUAUGAUGACAUAGAACUGUUAGAGCUUGAAAAUGUAUUUAUGUUUGAGAGUUGUAGUAAAAAUGAAAAAAAAAAAAAAUCCGAUAUGCAUGACAGUAUGAGAACCUCAUGGCCUUUUUUUUGUGGUUGCUCUUUGAAUGACGUAAUCUCUUUUACCAAGCAGUGUACGUCUUAGACUUCACAUUCUAAUUUUUAAUGUUGUCAUUAUUGAUAGCUGCGUUGUUAUUUGCAUCUCUAAUUCUGUCUUGUUUAUUUCUCUUGCUCUGACUAUCAUCUGUGAUUCUUCUUUUGUUUUGUUUUUUCAGUUUCUAUCAGCCAUUGAAAAUGUAUUUUGCCAUUUUUUUAACAGUAUUUUUUUUCCCAUUUGACAUUUACUGUAAACCAUUUCAUUGCUAUGUAGUGACUGCCGCUUGAACAAUAUGAAGGGACUGUCAGGGUUCAUGUAUCUAUUUGAAAUGUGAUACUGAUGAAUGUGUAUCAAUACAAAUGCUUGCCCCCUCAAGUUAUCUGGUAUAGGGAAAAAAAAUCACGUGUGACGCAAAAUUUGACAAAAUGUUGUAUCGCACAUGAUAUAACAUUGCACAGGAAAGAAUAGCAGCAUCAUGGCACAAAACUGGAGUUCAUUCCUAUUUAAAAAAAAAAAAAAAGUGCAAUCUGUUGCUUCACAUAUCUUUGGUGUUUUUAAACGUGUGUACGGCUGAAAAUAUUUGACAAAGAUAAAAAGUGUCAUAACAUGAA